AUCAUGUGUCAAUCAAAUCUGUUGUUGAUUUGAGGUUAUAUAUAUGUUUUAUUACCUACCAUCUGCCUCUGCUGUGUAGUUUGAGAUUUACAAGAAAAUUUGAUAUUUAAGCAUCAAUCAUUUCAACCAAACGCAAUAUGGAAUUUAAUGUUUCUUUUCUAACUGGUCUAGGAUGUGGUAUUUGCCUAGGUAUAUCCUUGUUCGCUCUUAGAAGUUAUUUUGGUUCAGUAUCUAAAGCAACAAAAGUUGUGAAAAAGUUUGCUUCAGAUUCAGAGUACAAGCUAGUGCUAGUAGUGCGAACCGACUUGAAUAUGAGUAAAGGAAAGAUAGGAGCUCAGUGCGGUCAUGCAGCAGUCGGUGCUUUUGAGAAGGCGCAGAGACGGGAUCCUGAGGCAUUAAAAUGUUGGCAGAUGACUGGUCAAGCAAAAAUUGCUCUCAAAACGGACUCCGUAGAAGAAAUUAAACAAAUUGAGGCUAAUGCUAAAAAGAUGGGGCUCAUCACUUCGUUAGUAAGGGAUGCAGGGAGGACACAAAUUGCCCCUAAUUCUAUUACUGUUUUGGGGGUUGGACCUGCUCCAAAGGAUGUGGUUGAUAAGGUAACAGGGCACCUCAAGUUGUUGUGAAGACCUGUUCCUUUCACUUAUAUUUUGUUAUGUCAAGAGAACUGAUAUAUACUAUAUUGAUUUAUUAUCACACCAAUCAAGGUUUCGAUGGACAAGAUCAAAAUAAAGUAUGUAGUAAUGGCACAGUGUUUCUCUCUCAUCCUCACUUGCUCCGGUUACAUCUGAUUGUCACAAAGCCUAGCAUCAGCAUGAAAAUCAGGAAUAGAAAUAAGAUUUGUAAAUUCAGAGGUGAUUCUACAAUCUGCAAACUUUUACAGCCUGCUUGAUGUCAAAUGUCUCUGAGAAUGCUAUAUUGUUGCUACGUAUAUGCUGCUGUGUCCCAUAGUCACCUUGUACAGCAUCUAUGGGAGGAUAUGGAAUGGUCCUAUUCUAGGUGAUAACAUACCCCCACAUAUGGCACAUACUAUUUGGCCAAUGACUGGACCUGGAGUUGUAUAAAUGACGCCUGUACUCUGGUACAGCAUGCAAAACAAGCACAAAAAAAAUCACUACAUGUAACAGCAACUGGAUGGGUGUGAGAGUUGAACAAGAGGCAAUUAUCACACCAAGUUACCAAGUUACAACCAAGUUAGAUAUAUAAUAAAUGUGACAGUGUUAUAAAGAUACAAAGUCACAGUGUUUUUGAGUAGAUAGAGCCAAAAGCAUAGAUAUAAGAAGAUUACAUUGAAGGUUCUUAUAUCUAUGGCCAAAAGUUACAAGACUCAAAAGCUAUGUUUUACUACGGCAUAUAUUUUAGAGAAAAUUAUAUAUUAAUGUGAGAAUGUUUUUAGGAAGUGUGUAAAGUUAGAUAGUUAAAAAAAAUAAAAGAAACAUAUAGAUAAAUCACAAUAUUUAAUUAAAAGUGAAAUAUUUGAACAAGACACAUUAGUGUAACAAUUACAAUUUAUUAUAACAUGACUAUUAAAUUUGAAUUUUUUUUCACAUCUGAUCAAAAAACAGGUAAAUUGCAAUGAAAUAAUUAAAUAAUUCAGAUACUAGUACAAACUGUAUUAAUUCUACCAUAAGACUGGGUAAAUGCAAUAAUCAAAAGUAAAGUAAAACAAAAGCCUAAAAAAACUAAACAGUAGUGACUUGACAAAAUUAAAGAUAAUUAUUAAAAAAAUAUUUUUAUCAUAUUAACAAUAAAACAACCUUUAGAAAAAUAUCGACAUAAAAUCCAAGCUCUAUAACUGGGUAUUGCCGAAGAAUUUAUAUUAUUAAACUAGAAUGCUUACGAAUGAGCAAUUGAUGUAGUUUUAGCUAUUUUUUCUUGCCUAUUUGCCAGAAAAGGAUGGCUACAAAUUUUGUAAUUUUCAGUAUUAGUUUUUUAACCACGCAGAUAUUGUGGAAAUUUAAUACUUAUAACAACGCAAAUAGCUCUAGUUUUCAAUUUUGAAAUUUGUUAUUCGUAAUCAAUCUAUUCAAAUUCUAAAUUCCUAGUUAUUGCAAAGUUGUGAUAUACCUAACUAUCGAUAUAUAUUCCAAUAGGUAUCUCAAAGGCGGAAUGUCAGUAAUAGUUAUGUGCCGUUCUUGUUUGGAAAAUUAAUGGAAACAGUAUUCUCAGAAAUUCCCGAGAAUUUCCUGCAAAUCGUUGCUUUGUUUGAUGGGAAUUUCACUUGUAAAUCUGUGAUAAUUCUCAAGGAAGGCAAUUUCCGAGAACUGAGAAUUUCUCAGCGGCACAUCGCUAGUAUUUACUAUUACAAUAGUAUUAUAGAUGGCGGCAAACAGCUUGAGCAUUCGCAGAAGUCAAGUUCUGAUAUUUUGAACUCUAUUCCAAAGAAAUAAAAAUGCGCAAACGUCCAUCUUCGUUCAAGAGACUUGCCGCAAACUAUUACAUAGAUAAAACACAUACUCUAAUACUAAAACGGGUUGAGGUCUAGAAUGUCCACUACUCAAAUUGACCUCUGGUAAUAAAAAAUAUGUAAAAUUCAAAACUACAUUUUUCGUUUACUGUCCAUUUUUUUAACCGUGAGAUAUUCUGGACCUCAACAAAACGACAAAAC